AUGAAUAACUGCCUGCACGGCACUUCCACGCAGCUAAGCCACAUGCUCUCAUUGAAGCGACUGCGACUGCUGGCUGCCCUCGCCCGCACCGAAAGUCAAGCGGAGUUCGAUGAACGUGGGCGAGCUUGCCGCGUGCCCCGGGGGGCGGGAGGGGCGAGGAGCAGCGCAGCCGCGCGUCAGGUAGCCGAGAGCGUCCUCCGCCAACCUGGCCGCGAGCAUGCAGGCAGAUCUCCUGUGGGUCGGGGGGUCAUGGGCGCUUGUGAUGAGCAGGGGUCAGCUAUCCAACUGUUGCGCGGCUGGCUCGCUCUGGAAGGAGGCGGAUGCGGUGGUGCGGGCAGCAACUGGGCAGCAAGCGCUGCGACGGACGAGCUCGUGGAUAUCUCCUGGAGCCUGCGGAAGGCGCUCGGGGCCAAGCCGGCCAUGGCCAGCCAGCUCCUGGCGCGCGUGGUGAGGCGCAUGGGAGACGACGAUGGCAUGAACAUCACCCUCCGCCGGGUCCUUGAAGAUGACGACCAGACCGCCUCGAUUACCACGUCCCUGGAAGAGGGUCCUCACAUGACCAGCUCCUACGAGCCGGCGCGGCUACUCCUCACCGAGACCCUGCAGCAGCUGCAACUGCAGGUCAAGGAUGACCGCGGACGCGACGCCGCCAAGGAGUUGGACCUGACAGAGGACGUCCGCGCUUUCCUGGCGGGCUCCCUCUACCCACAAGGCGACGAUGAGCCAGACAUGGAUACGCUGAUGACGGUGGUGACCAGCUACGAGGAGGCCCUGGUGGUGGGCUUCGAGAACCCGAGGAUGCGCGACGAGGUGCUUUUCGGGCUGCUGGUCCUUCUGGAGGCGGCCCUGCGGCGCGCUGUCAUCAUUGAAGAGCUUCCGCAGUGA